AUGUCGCCAGCCAUCAAAAACCCCGAGCCUAACUUGGACAUUAGCUUCCAAGACUACCUAGUUUUAUCCAAGCUUGUAUUUGACUGGGCAGAUAGCUAUGACGCUAAGGACUGGGAACGCCUACGUGGCAUCAUUGCCCCGACUCUGACCGUGGACUAUACCGAGGUCGGCCUGAGAAGAUGGGAUGACAUGUCAGCCGAGGAGUAUAUGGGAAUGGUUACGCAUCCAGGUUUUCUCGGGGAUCCAACCAUCAAGACACAGCACCUUUUAGGUCAGACAUGGUGGGAGAAGAUCUCCGACACCGAGGUCAUUGGCCACCAUCAGCUGCGCGCUGCCCACCAGGUGUAUACAGAUGAAACCCUGAAGGAGGUCAAACUGCGUGGGCACGGACAUGCUACCAAUGAGCACUACUAUCGCAAAGUGGAUGGGGUUUGGAAAUUUGCCGGAUUGAAGCCACAUGUGCGAUGGAAUGAGCUUCGUUUCGAUGAGGUUUUCAAAGGAUUGGAUUGA